CAAUCAGCUAAAGUGUCAAAGAAAGGAUGGACCUCAGUUUCCUGUUACACUUUUGUGUUUUAACCUUGAUUAACUUUCUGAACAACUGCAACUUCUUUAAUGCCCAGCAAACAUGGGUAAUAUAAAACUGUCACAACAUAUUCAAAUGCUAUAUCGAGAAACCAAAUAUUCCAUCAGCAUUACUUAUGGCAGAAUUACUUUUAAACAUGAACGCUAGGCGGCGACUUCUCACUUACAUUGAACCACCGAACAAGUGUGCACAUAAGUUUUAUCAGUAAGGGCCUGGCGUCCCGUCCUAGGUUCUUACCUCGCCCUCAGUGCUGCCUAGGCAGUCUCCCGACAUUAAAAAUGGCGAGGUGGAUAUAAACGUCCAUCACUCCAGCACCUUCCGAGGUGAAAGGAAACGUCUUUAAAGUUAAGUAAUGUGGGUCAAACAACUCCUUCAGUUUGUGCUUGCUGUUCAAUAUGCCCCCCGUUAACGUCUAAGUUUAUUUUUAUGUAUCAUGUUAUUCUUCGUCUUUGCAUUUUUUAAAAUUAAAUAUACCAGCUUUGAACACAAAAUGUAUUUUACUGUGGUAUUCAAUCACACCUCAGCCUUAACUGCACUAAACCAAACCGAACCGACUCUAGAGCCGGGUGCAUCGAACAUUUAUUCUGAAAUAUAAAGAAUUAAACAAGUGACAAGUGGAGCUCAGUUUAGCUGUAUAACAGAUAUUCAUUCACCUUUUCCACGCUGCUAAUAUCAGUAACCUGAGCGCUGUGCAUGUUAUCAAAUUUCUUUAUUUCACUUCUGCUGAUGUUGCUCAGUAGCGCUUUACGAAUAUCACCUCGCCUCUGUGCACCUUUAAGAGAAGGAGGAGAAAGACAGACGCCCGCGCUUGCGCAGUUGGCAAACACCGGUAACAACUUUUUUUUUUUUUAGGAAGCGUUUAAACACACGAGUCGCGAACAUUUCUCUAAGUGAAAUAAAUCAAUUAAUUUGAACGUCCGUUCACGGUUUUAGAUGCCAGGUAAGCCACGGCGCAUUACUUUUAACAUUACCACGGACAUUUAAAUACUUUCGAUCGAUCGAUGGUGGAGCGUUCUCGUUCAAGCUAGCCUCCAUUCGGCUCGCUUCGGCGAGAUGGAAAUCCACGAACAAACGCGCCUUGUUCUGGAGGCAUUCCUGCAGCGGUCUCUUGCGGUAGACUCUUCAGAGAGGCCGGGGCAUAUUGGCCGCGCAUACCGAGACCCUAACAAAUUCAGUGCUUCCCCUAAACAUAAGGUAUAUUCUGGGGCAGAGUCAAAAAAGAAUGAAGGAGGAAGAGAAUCUCUUCAUAGACAGUUAAAACAUGAUAUGAUAUCAAAUGGGAGCUGGGACUCUAUUCAUGAGGAGAUAAACCGGGUUGAGGAGAUGAAGCAUGGUUUUAAGACCAGUAUUAAGAAGCGAAUAAAGAAGAAGAAUUCCAAUAAGAUUAAGGAGCGAUAUGAUGAUUCCAGUUCAAUACCUAGCCCCCUGCUGGCUUGUGUGAGGGCAGAGGCAGAUGAUGAGGAUGAUGAAGAAGUAAAGAAAGAAAAGAAGUUACCAAAGAAGCCCUCUUUCCUGAAAAUCUUUAAGAAGUCAAAGCGGGGGAAAAAUGAUCCUUCAACCCCACCUUCAUCACCUAUCUACUCGGAAGUGGCUGUCACUCUGGAGAACAUUGCCAGAAAGGUCAGACCUCAAAAGCCUGCUAAGUCUACUUCUAAACCAGGAAAUGAAAAGGAAGCCAUGAUCCAGAAGCUGGUGGAACUUUUGUCUGUACAAGGAGAUGCAAUUAACAAAAAGAUUGAAUCCGAUCCCGCCCUGAAGAGAGGCAUUACAAGAAUGUCAUAUGCAUCAUUUGCCAAUCUUGUUGAUUCUUUUGCCAGUCAGGCUAAUGCUGAUUCUACACUUCCUGUACCUCAGAGUCCAACAUUGUCUCGUAUUGCCCUAACAAUGGAUGUCACAAGGCGCGUUUCCAUGAUCAGUGGAACACAGAGACUUAUGGGAUAUACAGAAAAAUAUAUGGAAACCUAUGCACCAUGGAUCCAGAAGCAUGGUGGAUGGGAGGGAAUUGCUCAACUUGGGGACUUUACGGAGGUUCAGAUUGACUGAGAAUUGCUGCCAUAUAGAAAUUCUGACACUGGAGAUCUUUGAAACUGACUGUCGUAAUUAUUUGCUGUUGCUGUGUGUUAAAUAUAUUGUGAACCUUACUGGUGCUUGGAUGCCCCUCAUAAAAUUAGGUUUGUUCAGUUACUUUUUAAAAUGUGGAUAGUUGCUAAAAAGCAAUGAAAUAUGUCUACUGUUACUCUUAAGUCAAUGCUACAAAACAUUUACCACUACAAUAUCAUCCUCAUUGACUUUGAUCAAAAGUGUCAAGACAAAUUUUGUUUUCUGACAUACCUAACAGUAACCAGUGGAUCCAUUGAAGAAGCACAUUAACACUUUAUAUGUAGCUACAUUUUUAUUUUUUAACUAAAGCAGGGUUAGGCACAUUGCCAUUAGUUUGUGAAAAAUGGCAAAAGUGCCUGUGCUCUUGAUCAGUAAAUGUUCUCUGUAGAGUUGACACUUUAAAACUGCUGUUAACACUGUUCCUGGUGAGGGAAGACUGUUUGUUUAUUUGUUUGUUUUACUAUGUACUGUAAAAUUUUGUGCAGAGUAAUUGUCAUAAUAGACCAAAUCAGAAGAUUGACAACUUUUUGCAUAAAUAUUUAUACUAGAAUCAUCACUGCUGUUGUAACUACUACAUAUAACUGUGGGAAUAUGAGACCAAGUUAGGUGCUAAUUUUUAUAAUCAUUAUUUAAAAAGAAUAAGUUUUACUGAUUAACCAACAUCAAAUAACAACUUUAAUUAUUAAAUUACUGCUAGCCUUUGGCUUGCUUUAAUUCAUAACACAAUUGUCCCAAUCAAAUUAAUUUUAUUUGGCUUUACUUUUAUUGAUUACAUUUAAUUCCUCGUGAUGCCAACAAAAUACAGAUGUGUAUUAAGUAGAUUUUCCUUUGAAUUUGUAGUAAGAGAUAUUUUUAUCAUCAGUAAAAAUUAGUUUAUUUUCAGCGUUUUUACAUUCCUUUCAAGACAAACUGAUUCAUGCUUAGCGCUCACCUUUUUAAUCCAUUUUCUUGGAAAAGGUGUCACGUCUGUCUAAAUCCAUCCAUCUGUCAAAAUAUUUUAUGACCAAAUGAAAUACUUUUGAUCAUUUUUUUUUUUUGUGGUAUUAAACACUGAGAAUUUUUCGGCUUUGCACUUCAUGGAUUUCAGAAAAUUUAAAGAGCACAAUGCUUUACAACCUGUAGACGGCAUGAGGUAAGGUCACUCAAUCAGCGAUAGACUGGCUUCUGGCCUAGGAGUGUGCUCAGUUUACAGUCCUAAAUUAAUGCUAACAUAUGCAAAUUAUUUCUAGUCUGACAAGUUCCACCAAAUGGACAGCAGGCAGUCUGUAUAGUAAUGUACAUAUAAAACCAAAAGAGUAAAAUUGUCUUAAUAUGAUUUUAAUGUUGGUUUCCAGUGCACUCCUUUGUAUAGAAACCCAUAUUAAUUUUUGUUCUAGUUGUGAAUAUUUACUGUCUGCUAUUAUCUGGUGCAACACCCCUGGUACUAUCUGCCAGCUUCAUAUCCUUUGAUUUUCUUUUGAAAUAGAACUUUCACUUUUAACAUACGUUUAUUUAUGCUUCCUAAACUGAUGCAUCUGUAUUUUUGAUGUUUCAAACUGAUAUUUUUCAAGAAAGUAUUUUGGCACUUCCUCUAUGGGUGGAUAUAAUUGGCUUCAAUUCUUAUUUUACUUGUACUGACUGCACUGUGAAGCUGUGAUCCCCCAAAUAUAAUAUAUACAGUAUCCAUCUUUGAAUCCCUCAGCAUUAAUUCUCUUUGACAUCAUCACAGGGUGUAUUUUACAUAUGUUUGUAAAUGUGGGAUAAGUUGAGUAACCCAGUUAAGGCAGAAAUCUGGUUUCUUAAAAACCUGUUCACAUGCGCUUAUUUAGUUCUCCUUUGGCAAAACACUCUGAUGUCAUAAAACUGCACAACAAAAAGAUUAUACAUCAUCAAAGGCCACCUUCAACCCAAAAACAAUGGAGUCUGUAUCUAUGAAAAAUGUGCUGCAGCACUUUGCAGUGCACACUCAGCCCAUCAACAUAAAUUUAGUGAUUUCUGAAAUAUUUAGAAAGAUAUUGAGGCAAAGAAAUAAUGUAAUCAACUGAGCAGCUGCCUCAGGAAAUUUUAUCUUUGUGAAUGCUUCAACUGUUUGUUGUUUCUUUUGUUUGUUUUAAUUUUUAUUUACCUGAUGCUGCUAGAAGCAUGAGUGAGGCAAAGACAUGUGUGGGCUAACAGAAUUCGGCAAACAUGCACAGGCCGCAAAAUCCUUAAGUGUAACCUGGUUAAGGGUUUACAUGGCCGCGUAACCAACUGGGUUACCUGCUAAGAAAUCUGUGCAUGUUAACCUGCUUUCUCUAACUGGAAUAAGAAUACACAUGGCAUUUUUGAAACCGGGCUUCAGUGAAUAAUUAGGUUACUGCACUCAGUCUCAGUGAACGAUAGCACUGGAUUUAUUAAAAAAAAAUGUUCCUGGUGAACAAUUUGUUCUUUAAGUUUGUCUAUUCAUUUUUAAAUUUCAUUUACUGAAGUAGUUCAUUUGUGUAAAUAUAAUUGCUGAAGAUUUUACCCACCACUUUUAGUAGUUAAUAUUUAUGUCUAUUCUUUUUUUAACUUGGUUAUUCAGUGCAGAGCCUCAGGAAGCCAGUUACCUACCUUGGUAGUAUGUGGUGCAAGACAGAACCAGUCCUGGGUGGGGUGCCAGUCUAUCACAGUGCCAGCUUGUGCACAGAACCAUUUAGCACGCUAACACUUGUGUCUUUGGGAUGUGGGAGGAAGAGAAAAUGAGCCACCUUCAUAUACUGUAGUCAGUAGGAAUUUGGGAGCCACUGUCCUUGCUUGAACAGCAACUAUUAAAAAGUACACUUUGAGGUCCAAGGCCAUGCAAUACACUAAAUCUUGCCCCGUGGUAAGAAUUGAGUAUAUUUGUCAUUGUAGCAUUUAAUGCACAAGUGCUUUUUGUUCUCUUUAUUUGCUCUCAUUCACUAUAUAAAGAAUAUUUUCUAAAUGUAUCCUGUUUUAAAUUAACUUGUAACAAAGUGUAGAGUUCAGUUACACCCGAAGUGCAAUUGAAGGCAACCCAUUUGAAGAAACUGGCAGCUAUUAGUCUCCCUUGACAAAGGAUUUAAGCACCUAUUUUGAAAGUGUAACUGUUACUCCACUACCUCUUAACCAAAUUCUGUCUUAAAAUGGAGGUCAUUGUCUAAACCUGGAAUGAUAAGGAAACCCCCUACUUCAAAAUAUACCUUGCAUGUCAAUCUGAAAAAAAUGCUACACCAGAACUUCGAGCUUUGCAGCAUUCCCACCAGGUCCUGUACACCAUGCCUUAAGGGGGUGCAAGUAUUUGUUCUUCUGAGAGUUCAGGUGUUUCAUUGUCUGUUUGUGUCCUUGUGUGCCUUUGGUCCACAUAAUGUAAAGCACAAUUUGGAAUACUUUGAGAUUGAGAUUUUUUUUUUCUUUCUUCAAAGCACAUUUGUGGGGAUUUGUCUUUCUUUCCUGUGACUGCUCGCUGUACAUAUUCCUGUUUGUCUGGUUCUGAAAUAAAUCUUAUUUUUAUAUGAAUGUG